AUGUCAUCGAAUCGCGGAGCGUUGAGCGCGCAGUCGGCGAAGAACGGGGAAGAGAAGGAGGCGCAGAAAGCGGCGAGAAGGUUAAAACUUGACCAGUUCAAAAAAGCGAAGGAGCAAAAACGCAAGGAAGACCUAGCUUUGCGCCCCGCUUGGAAGCCAGCUGGAAAGGCACCGGGAAUUCCGACCUUUCGCGAGAAGGGGCCCGUUACUCGCAGCAUGACGAAGAAUGCAGUCAGCGCGCCCAAUCUGAUGAAAGGCCUAGAGCUGGACAGGAAGAGCGAUUCGGCUGUUCCUGUGCCGUCUGGGCUCACUCCGAUACGCCGAUCGCUAGAAAAAGUCAUCAUCGAGGAUAAUCAAAGCGAUUUGGAAAAGAAGCUGAAUCUAAAAUAUUGGCGCGAGUACCAAUGCGACCAGAAAAUGAUGAUAGAAACUGCACUCAAUAAGCUCAAGGAAAUAAACAGUUCUAACAUUGCCCCUUUCUGGGAAGAGCAGCUUCGUGUCGUUGUCGCAGAGGGCGAGCUACUUGCUGGGCGAAAAUCGCGGCUUCACAAAUUCAGAAUCAUGAUUGAGAAGCCGGAAGAUGUCGAAGGUGGUUUAGGCAUUGCCACGGAAGACGAUCUCAAGUCGUACUGGGAAGCACAGAUCGGCCCAGUCGUUACCGACUGGAGCGCCAAGUCGAACUGGCUUCUCCGCGCGUCAAAGCUCAACUUCCCGGAGACAGAAAAAGACUCCAUGCCCAAGCCCAACAUCGGCCAGUCGCCAGCCAAGCCACGGGUCAAGCCCAUCGACCAUUUAGGUCGAAGAGAGUCGGAAAAGGACCCAGAAAAGGCCGCUCUCGCCGCGAAAAAGAAAGCAGAGCAAAAAGAAAAAGCUCUUGCAGUGAAAAAGGCUGCAGAGGAGAGACGCAGAAAGAUGAAAGAAAUGAUGGCGGAAAAACGUCGUCAACUUUCAUCGACUGCAAGCGACACGCAGUAA